AUGGACGCCUCCGCCGCGGCGGCGGAGGCGGAGGCACCGCCGCCGCCGAGUUCGCCGGUNCAGCAGCAGCAGCUGAGGGGGAGGCGCGACGAGUGGAGCGAGGGCGCGGUGCGGCGCCUCCUCGAGGCGUACGAGUCCGCGUGGUCGCUGCGGGGCCGGGCGAAGCUGCGGGGCUCCGACUGGGCCGGGAUCGCGCGACACGUGUCCCUCGGAUCUCGCCCCACCUCGCCGGAGACGACGACGACGACGACGACGACGACGACGAGGGCGAAGAGCGCGAGGCAGUGCAAGAACAAGGUGGAGUCGAUGAAGAAGCGGUUCCGGUCCGAGUCGUCGACCCGGCCCGAGCCGUCGACCCGGCCCGGGUCGUCGAGCCCGCGUCGCCGGAGGGGAUCGUCGUGCACGUGGCGGUUCUACGGCGCCAUGGAGCGGUUGCUCUCAGGGGCAAAAUCGGAAACCCACUCCGCCGAUUUUGCGCCCUACACGUGUCGGAACGAGAUUGGUCCCAGUGCUAAUAAUAAUAAUAAUAAUAAUAAUGAUGAGGUGUUGGUUGGUGGAGAGAGGGGUGAUGAUGCAAAUUCGAGCUCUUCAAAAGGCAAGCUUUGCGAAUCUUUUCCCGAAUGCCGAACUUGUGACGAUGGUAAUGAGGAGGAGGGCGAGGAAGGAACAAUGCCGAAUACUACGGGUAUUGAUCCGUCGAACAAGACGAAGAAGAGGAAGGGGCCGAGGAAUGAGGUGGCGGAGAGCAUUAGGGCUUUGGCGCGUUCGAUCUUAAAGGUUGAGAAAGCGAGGAUAGAAAUGUGUAAGAAUUCGGAGAAAAUGAAGGCAGAGGCGGAGGUCAGGAGGGGGGAGACGGAGCUCAAGAUGACGGAGAUCGUCGCGGAGACCCAGUUGCGAAUCGCGAAGCUUCUUGCGAAGAGAUUGAACGCGAGGUGCGGAAAGAGCGGGAGUUCCACCAACGACAAAGGUAGCGGGUGAUUGAUCAGAAUAAAUGCUGGCUAUUUGAAUCAAUUUGUAGUAACAGCAAUAUUUGUGUGCAGUUAAUGGAAACUGUAAAUAAUUCCAACAAUUGAUUGAUAAUUAUAGUGGACUUAUUUCCAAUGUGAGAAGUAAUUAAUGAAAAAAAAAUGCUAUUUAGUUCCAGCUA